CGGAUAUGAGCUCUGCGGAAACAAGCUUCACCGCACGUGGAAUUCAGAGGGAAAAGAAGUUGUUGUCUGCAAACUUUUCGGACUUUAAACAAACUUCGACAUUUCUUUUUAAUCCCUGAGGGUAGACAAACACCUUUUCGUCGCCAUGUUCCUGCAGUUUUACCUGAACGAGAACGGAGACAGAGUCUACACUCUGAAGAAGGUGAAUCCUGAGGGUCUGCCCACCAGCUCGGCCCACCCGGCUCGUUUCUCCCCAGACGACAAGUUCUCCCGACACCGAGUGAUGCUGAAGAAACGCUUCAGCAUCCUGCUCACCCAGCAGCCCAGACCGGUUCUGUGAGAGAUCAGUGGAGGAGGAGGGAGGAUGGAUGGAGAUCAGACUGGCAGGAUAGAUGGAGGUGAAGAUGAUGCUACAAAGCAAAGAGCAAGAAAACUCCUGGCCCAAAUUUCAGGGACUGUUCAUACCUUGGAUCAGCUGUAACUUGGAUGUUAUGGAUCUUAUUUUACAUGUUGUAAUUUGUUCACAUUUGUUUGAGGGUAUUGUUAUAAUUUUUUUAUGCUAGAUAGAUGUUUUGUUGAUUGUUGUUGACUUGUUGUACCUUUGGGUACAAUAUCCAGGCUAGAAAAUGAAUAAAAGAGUGUGAAACUUA